GCCUUGGUGAUCGGGAUUAAUGCCUAUCUGUCCAACUCCCUCCAAGGUUGCGUCACCGAUGCAAAAGAAAUGGAAAGAUUUUUGAAAGAGAAGCUGCACGUACCCGACUCGCGCUUGAUAACGCUCUUUGACAAGCAAGCCACUGGCGAAGCUAUUCCCAGCACUUUCAGGAAGCAUUUCAUCGAGAACGAGAACAUCCGCAAAGGAGAUGUUAUGAUAUUCUAUUUCGCAGGACAUGGGACCCAGGAAUAUGCCCCGGAGGAAUGGCACAUUGAUGGCGAGAUAGUGGAGUGCAUCUGUCCUCAAGAUUGCGAUUUCGACCUGCAACAUGGCAUCCCUAGCGUAAUAUUGAAUGGUCUCAUGCGGGAGUUGGCGGAUCGAAAGGGUGACAACAUCACCGCGAUCUUCGACUGCUGCCAUUCGGGCGCGAUGACACGC